AAAACUUAAUAUGAGAGAAGCCAUCAAUUUUAUUGCUGAAGCUUGGGAGGAUAUUAGUGACACUACUAUAAAGAACUGCUGGAGAACUACUAGAAUUAUGCCUGAAAUAGAUGAAUUAGAAAUGAGUGAACAAGAAGAAAGUGAGUCAGAAAAUGAGAUUGACGAUACUGCGGCAUUAAUUAAUGAUUUUUCUAAUCCAGAGGCUCAACAAUUAGUACAUAAUAUUGAAGAAUAUGCCUACAUAAUUGAUCAACCAGCUAGAACGGAGGAUGUAUUAACAGACAAUAUUAUUAUCAAAAUGGCUAUUAAUGAAUUUCGCGAUGAUGAUAAAACUGAUGAUGAUGAGGGAUCACCACCACCUCCAAUAACUGUUACAGAGGCUGUUGAAGCAUUGGAAAAAGUUAUAAGCUACCAAGAAA